AUGAAUGAACCAGUGUUAGUUAGUAUUAAAAUACCAAAAAAUCUACAAAUAAUCAAUAGAAAGAAUAUUGAAAAGAAAGAUAUUAAUAAAUUUAUUAUUCCAUCAUCAAUUACUAAAUUAGAUGAUUGUUGUUUUUAUAAAUGUUCAUCACUAACAUCUAUCAAAAUACCAUCAUCAAUUAAUGAAUUAGGAAAUUGUUGUUUUUAUGAAUGUUCAUCAUUAACAUCAAUUAAUAUACCAACAUCAAUUACUAAAAUAGGAGAUGAAUGUUUUUAUGGAUGUUCAUCAUUAAUAUCAAUUAAUAUACCAUCACCAAUUAAUGAAUUAAGAUAUCGUUGUUUUAAAGAAUGCUUAUCAUUAACAUCAAUUAAUAUACCAGCAUCAAUUACUAAAAUAGGAGAUUAUUGUUUUAGUUAUUGUUCAUCAUUAAAAUCAAUUAAUAUACCAUCAUCAAUUACUUUAUUUAGACGUGGAUGUUUUUAUAAAUGUGGAUGUGAAGAAGAAUUAAAACAAAAUAAAAGAAUACCAAGAGAUUGUUUUGAAUUAUGA